GCGACAUCACAUCACUCUACUCGACGGUGGCACCGGAGCACGCCGCAAUCGCCGAGGUUCGCUGGGGGCUGGGAGGGGAGCCCUGCCGGACGAAGUACCCCGUCGCUCGGUCGUUCCCCGUGGAGGCCGGCAGCACACGCCGUCCGGGUCAGCUCGCGAGUCUCUCCCGCCGCGGGUUGCCGGAGAGGGGAGGAGGAGGAGGAUGCCCAUGGAACGCGCCGUGGGGGUCGAGGGCGAGGGGAUGGAGCAGGCGACUGCGACUGCGACGGCGACGCCUCCUUCCAGUACGAGCAAGACAAAGCGAGUUCGUCCCAAGAGCAGUGCCAUUCUUGGGGUCAGGACUCCGGUGACGGCUCCUCCUGGAUGGAAGGGUGGUCCGGAGAACAGGCACCACAAGUACCGUGGAGUUCGGCAGCGCAUGUGGGGCAGGUGGGUCUCCGAAUUCCGUGAGCCCAACGGCGGCAAGCGACACUGGCUAGGCUCCUUCGACACCGCCGCUGAGGCAGCCCUCGCAUACGACAGGGCCGCCAUGGCCAUCUUCGGCUCCCGCGCAAUCGUUAACUUCCCAUCUGCCAUCUCCAUCCCCACCGCCCAGCCAGUGGAAUGUCAUCCCAUGUCUUCUUCUCCUUCUGCUGCUGCUGCCUCUGUCUUUGUUAAGCAUAAACUGAAGCCGGUGGCCGCUGCUGCCUCUGUCCUUGCUGAGCAUGGAGUGAAGCCAAUGAUGGCUGCCACCUCUGUUCUCGAUGAGCAUGAAGUAAAGCCGAUGUUCAUCGCCCCUGUCUUCGGUGAGCAUGAGGUAAAGCCGAUGAUCACCGCCUCUGUCUUUGGCGAGCGUGAAGUGAAGCCAAUGGUCGCUGCCUUCAGUGAGUGUGAAGUGAAGCCAAUAGUCACUUCCUCUGUCUUCGGUGAGCAUGAAGUCAAGCCAACGACAGUGCACGGUGGUGAUGAUGGGAUGGGGAUCACUCAGCAUUGGGAUGCUUCUUGGGCCGAGCGAGAGGAAGCUUACGUUGACUACCUGAAGGACAUUGCCAUGUAUAUUGACGUCGAUCCGAUCACUGAGAAACUGGCAUACCACCCCGACAUCUGUAGUGAAUAUUCCCAGGUGGGCGGGUUCGAUGCUGAAUUCACCAUCUCGCCUUUGUGGGAGCUGGGUGACUGAAAUGGCAGCCGGAGGAUGCUUCGUCUGGUGGAAAUGGAGAAUGUUUGCUGACUUGAGUGGCUUCGUUAUAUUGGUAGCCGUCUGGAUGGUUUAGCUCGGCAUAUUACAUACUUGAUUUAGAAGGAGGGAGCCUUUUUAUGGCAGGUAGAAGUGUAAUGAUAUAUGUAGAUGAUCAUGCUGUGUCCAGCGAAUCACCUCGUUGUCUUCUCUAAUUCGGACAAGAUGGGCGUCAGCAUCUUAACAUUGGGGUAACAACUACGAUGAUAUGUGUUAGUUGCUAAUAACUCUGAUAAUUAGAAGUGCAAGCCAUUAUCUUUGUUA